AAAUUCUAUUUCUAGUGGAAUCUGCUCUGUUAUGAUUUAAUUGGCUCGUUUCAUUGCCAUAGCGCCAGGAAGUUGCUGGAAUUUGAGCGACAACAGUAACGUUAGCUAGCAACUGUUACAGUUGGUUUUGUUUAUUUAUUUGGGGUUAGCGAUAACAUUUAAGCAAUGGUUAAAUCAUUGAAUGAAUAGUUAAAUCACAUGGGGGUUAUUGGUAGUCCGUUAAAGUAAAGGUUGAACUGUUCGUUGUGUGUCUUUGUAUUCCUUAAGCUAGCCAGCACGUUUGCUAAUAAUGCUAGGGUCAGGUGAUUAUCAAAUUAUUAAUUGAAGAGUUUAUUGGCGCGGAAAUCAACUAAAUUUGCAGUACUAUGGAGGACAGCACCACGGAACUCGAAAGACCCGGUUGCUUGAGUGUCGGUCAGCAGUCAGAAGAGGCGACACCAACCCAUGGUAGCCGCCAGAACAGGGUCGACAACGAUGGUUCGAAAGACCACAAUGGGACAUCCAAUAAUGUUGACUCGGAUUCAGAGGAUGAGCCUGAACUCCCUCUUAAUCAAUUUUACUCUUACAUCCGCUGUACUCUCUGCUGCGGAAUCCUCAUUGAUUCCACCACCAUAACAGAGUGUCUGCACACUUUUUGUAAAAGCUGCAUAGUGAAACACUUCUUCUACAGCAACAGGUGUCCCAAUUGCAGCAUUGUAGUCCACCAGACACAACCAUUGUACAACAUAAAACCUGACAGACAGUUGCAAGAUAUUGUUUACAAGAUGCUGCCACAUCUGGAAGAAAUGGAGAGAGCAAGGAUGAUUGAUUUUUACAAACAGAGAGGACUGGAGGUGCCUAAACCAGUGAUGGCGUCCCCUGCGGUCCCUGUGCUGAAGAACCAGAAGCAGAGGAGGGCAUUGCUGCCCCAGUCUGUCUUCGCCAUCCCUCCUGAACUGGACGUGUCACUGCAGCUGGAGUUUUUGGGCGCGGAAGAAGGCAUAGACGGCUAUAAGCCUUUGGAGAGGCGGUAUGUGCGAGUAUCGGGGGAUGCCACUGUCCGCCAUGUGGCGCUCUUCAUCAGGAGGAAGAUGGCGCUGAGUCCCAACUGCCAGGUGGAUGUUGUGUGUGGGGACCACCUCCUGGACUGUUACCAGUCGCUACGAGAGGUUCAGAGCUCCAUGGGAGAUAACGCUCUACAGGAUGGUCUUUUGAUUCUCCACUUUGGACUGGUGCUGGCUGCUCACAUGUGAGAAGGGGGAAGAAAGGAGGAUGGAUGUGAUCCUGAUAUUAACCCUGACCCUCGGGGAACCACUGUCUUCAUUCUGUUACUAAUGCCUAACAGAAUCAAGUCUUCUACUCUCUGCCACUUAUACCUGACAGUUAACAGUGAAUUGCUGAAUCCAGGGCCCAGAAACCUUCUGGUUUGGAUUAGGUUAUAGUUUAGGUUAUAGUUUCAGCCGUCUGAAAUCACAGUCUCCAAGACUGUGAUUUCAGAGGGCUGAAAGACUAAAAGGCCCUGUCAUGCUACUGAUAGCAAAAGCUUAUGUUUUUGCUACACUUUGAGUUGAAUGUACACCGUGUUGUUGUUUUUUGUGACCAACUUUUGUAGCAGUCCCCCUUCCAUCCAUCCCCCGAGUCUCUAUUUAGACCAAAGUAUAAAUGCAUAUACAGUGCCUUCGGAGAGUAUUCAGACCCCUUGACUUUUUCCACAUUUUGUUACGUUAUAGCC